AUGCCUUAUUCUCCCAGGAUCUAUGCACAGCAGCUCUUCAGACUUGGCCAAGGUUAUCCACUGUGGCAACCCGAGCCGGCGGAAGGGAUUGAAGUAGAGAUCGGAGAUGUAGGGUUUUUGGACCGGGGCGGUUUCGUUCGCAUGUUCAAUGCCCUCCGCGAUCCCCAAGAUCCGCUUAACGCCACACUGGGCACUCCACAUGACUUCGAGAGAUUCACUAGUGGGGCGAUGCAGCCCCAUCGCGUCGUAAACGCGAUCGCGUCUGGUCAUGUUGCGAGCAAGACGCUGAGGAAGAUCGCAGUCAGUGAAGAACUCAAUGUACACAGCAUCUACGAAUGCACAGACGAUCAAGGCGCCCUUCUCCUUCUCGAGACACCUGCUAUCAGAGAACAAUUGAUCAAGCUUCGUAAAUUGAAGAACUAUUUCAGUAAAAACAUAAGUAAUUGGCAUACUUUCGCCGCUGAAGAGCUGGGAUUGGACAAGAAGCCCGAGGAUAUCAUCUUCGUUCGCGGUUGGGUGAAGACUACCCGGUGGGCCAUGGCUGUUUUCACGAAUCAGGCGAAAUCAGCCAAAAUCUCAUUUAACGGCGAUUUCGCAUCGCCUACUACUUCAUCGUUCUCGUUCUCGAUGUCGAAACCUAAACAUCUACAAUGCAACCACCAUUCUGGGCCCAAGGACAGGCUUCACGGAGCAGGACAGCAUCCGCUCCCCGAUCCAAGUUGGCCUGCAGAUCAGUGCAUAUUCCUACAUUACAUCAGGCUGAAGAAGCGAUCCCUCUUGCCGGAUACAAUCGAGGCUGCUGCUGAACCGUCUUCAUCAAACGGCGGGGAUCGCGGCAACACUAUGAAGGGUGGAUCGCAGUUCGUGGAUCCUGUCGACUGUAUCUUGGACUAUAUCCUUCAGGUAAUUUCCGUCGACCCCGUCGACAGUGAUAUUAUCGCUUUGGCAAAUGAAUACCUGGAUGUCACCCCUUCAAUCUUCGACGAUGCACGCGCAUUCCUCGAGAGCGCAGAGCCUCUUAUCAAAGUGACUGCCGAGAAGCUUGGUAUGCUGUUGCUUACAAGCGAAGAGGAUCCAGAGGAGGACAUCCAGUCUACGUACCUGGAGACGGACACUCGCAGCACUGACGUCUCCUGCCAUCGGAUGGGGAAUGGCUUCAGCGGAGUGCUGUCGAAGACGAGUAGUGAUGUAACCUCAGCACAAGUGCUUAAUCUGACUGGAGCCUGUUCUAAAGUUUUGAAAGGUCAACGUGGUCCAAUGCCGCCACUAUCUUCUCCUCAAUAUUUCGCACUGCAAUACCUGGACUUGAGGGUCCCCGUCAACAGUAUUGUUCUAGCUGAGCUUGUCUCGCUCGAAGCCAUGAGACGUACGUCACGUUCGACAUAUCAGCCUCUCGGCGGCUCGGUCGUCGUUUACCGGCCCGAGAAAGAGAAAGAGUGCUUGCCGUUGGCGAUGACGGUGAAUACCGGAGGCGCAACAGAAAGUUCCUGCGGCAAUGCCCUCGAAACGUACGGCUUUCACAUCUAUCGGUGGAGCCUACCUCCAAGCUCACCUUAG